AUGCAGUGGAAUGUGAAGCUAACUGAAGCACUGAUAAAGCAAGGUUUUGUACAAAAUGUGGGAUUGAGUGCCUCCAAAGCAGUAAACACACCUCUUGACAGUAAUCAGAAAUUCACCAGCAAAGAAUCAGAUGAUGUUGUAAGUGAAAACACUGAUGAGCGGUUUGAAGAUAGAGAGCAAUACCAAAGGCUAAUUGGUAAACUGUUGUACCUGAUAUUAACCAUGCUUGAUAAUUCUUUUGAUGUGCAGACACUUAGCCAAUUCAUGCAACAACCUAAAAGGUCUCAUUGGGAGGCAUCAUUAAGAAUUGUAAAGUACAUUAAAAAGGAACCUGGAAUGGGAGUAUUGAUGGGUAGCAGAAAGUGUAACAAAAUUACUGCAUAUUUUGAUGCAGACUGGGCAUCAUGA